AUGCCCGCGCCGGCCUGCAUUUGCGACCCGCCUCCUCCUCCUCCUCCACCCCCUCCUCCACGAGCGUCACUCGGCCCCGCCCACGCAGCUCCUCAGUCGCCGCCCGGCAGUGGCCACGCCUCUUCCGUGUCGUCGCCAGUGUCGUCUUCGUCCGACGAUGACGCCAACAACAAUGCGACAACGACGACAACAUUGGGCGGCAGUGGUGGUGGUGGUGGCGGCGGCCACGUGAAGCGGCUGCGGUUGUCCAGAGUGGUGGACAAGCUUGCCCACCGCUUUCGCCAACAGUUGGCCAGAGGCAUGGCGGGUGUGGCUGCCAGCCCCGCCUCUUCUCCUGCUACUGCUGCCCCCGCCUCCUCCUGCAUCACUACUGCCAACACUCUCUUGGCGUCCAUUCACAGCUCCAACAAUAAUCAUCAUCAUCACGACCUUGGUGUGGAUGGUGCAGAGGAUGUCAGAGUCCAGGUGAGUGGGUGUGUGGAUGAGCCAUCACCAAUGGAUGACAGUGGGAUGGAGGCAGAUCAUGACCAGGACCAUCAUCAUCAUCAGCACCACCUACACCAUGCACACCACACUGGAUUCUUAGCAGUGACUGUGAGUGUGGCACCUGACAGUGGUGUCAGCAGUGGUGGUGGUGGUGGUGGACGCACCAACUGUGCUGAUGUCUUCAGGUUUGACACUGCAGACAGGGAAAAGUACUUGGAUGAGAUCUCAGAGGAGGAGGAGGAUGAUGAUGAUGACAGGGAUGAAGAAGAUGAUGAGGAUGAAGUGUUUAGUCCUGGUGGCUCAUCCCAGAGGUCACCAUUGAGCAGUGCUGACUCUCCACUCUUGUCUGCAGAGUCCCCAGCACACAACAUAAGCAUCAGUCCCCUGAGACUCUCUGCCACCAACCAUCAUCACCAACAGGAUGGAGGAAAACAAGCACCAGGUUUCCCAGUGUGCACUUGCCACAGGUGCAGAGCAUUGGUGUCACAUGUGGGAUUGGACCAACACCACCUCUUGCCACCCAGACACCACCACCAUCAUCAUAGACACCAUCACCACCACCACAGAGUGACAGGGGCCUCAGGGACUACCAUAACAUCCACCACUGGUCCCCACAGACUUGGGUCCCAUUCACCAUCACCCAAGUCACCAUCUUCACCUUACCUGUCUGCCCAGUACCUGUCUGAGUUGUACAGGCGCAGGAGUCACUCAGACUCUGACCUGCAGCAGUGGGGAGACCAUCAGCAGCAGCAGUCACCCAUUCAGCAGCAAGUGGUGGUGCCACAAGUACCAUUGAUUCAGCAGCACCAGCAGCCAUCAGUGAGCAGCAGUACCAGUGCCACCAGGACCUCUUCUGUGGCUGGCAGAAGGCGCAGACACCCACCACUCAACCCCAUUUUCAUCCCCAAGAGUUCCAGUUCUGGCAAUGUGGUUGCCUUUAGUAGUGGUGCUGGUGGUUCCUCUUGUUUCCCACUAACCCAGGACUCACCCUUGGACCUGAGCCUGAAGACAGGCUCAGCAACCAGUUUCACUGGUUCAGAGUCCUCAAGCUGCAGCUCAUCAGCCAUCACUAGUGACCAGUCCUCACACCAGGUGGCGCGACAGCAGCAGCAACACCACUCCUGUCAAAUAUGUGGCCAGCAAUUCACUCAUGCAGACCGCCUAACAAAACACCUGUCAUCCCGCCACCAAAACAGCACCAAACCCCGCAAGGACCAUGUGGACAAGGACAGAAGUGAAAGUGAAGGAGGAGGAGACCUGGUGUUGUCUGAUAGUGGGGCAUCUUCUCCUGCUGCUUCAACUACUAGUGCAGGUGGCAGCACUGGUAGUGGCAAGGCAUACUUGUGUGACAUCUGCAAGAGGUCAUUCACACGGUCAGACAUGUUGACGCGACACAUGCGACUACAUACUGGGGUGAAACCAUACACUUGCCGGGCUUGUGGACAGGUGUUCUCCAGGUCAGACCACUUGUCAACCCACCAAAGGACCCACACUGGAGAGAAGCCAUACCGGUGUCCCCAGUGUCCCUAUGCUGCUUGCAGAAGAGACAUGAUCACGCGACAUCUGCGGACGCAUGCGAGAAGCGACCAAUCAGGGGGCGGGGACGGAGACGAGACUCCUCCCAGUCUGGGCGUCGCUGCUGCCACAAGCGCCGCCUCCUCCUCCUCGGCAGGCACGCCCCCUUUCUCGCCCACUGAAGCCCUCACUGCGUUGACUGUCACUUCUCCCACUGGCUUCCCCACCAGGGGGCCAUGAAAUGGCUGGAAUUCAAAAACCAAAAAAUAUAUGAAGGGCUUCAGACUACAGCGCCCUCUUUUCCAGACUGUGCGUCUCUCCAGAAAUUGAAAAAGGGGGGCGUGUUCACAAUUGGAUAUCACCCCCUUUUUUUUCUUGAUGUUGGCUGUUCUUGUGAGGGUUGAUGUGAAAAAAAUAAAGAAACAGAAUCUUGUGCAAGAAAGGAAGAGAGAUAGAGAGGAAACCAGAGAGAGGGUGAGAGAGAGAGAAAGAGAGAAAGAAAGACAGACAGACGUUCCAGAAGCUCAGAAUUGUGAUUUGAUAAGAAAAGAAAACUCUAUGGUGUCCCCCAGAGUAUAUUUGAAACCUCUUCUCAAUCUUUUUUGCUUUUGUUUUCCAUCCCAGGUUGAUUCAUUUAUUUUUUACAAACUGGGCUGUUGGACAUCAAUUCAUUCCACCCAAAAAAGAAAGAGACACUGGUUAUUUUAGUUCCAUUCAGAUUCAGCCAAAAAAAGAAGGUGCAUUUAGAGGAAAUUGAUUCUUUGGUACAGGGUUCAGCACAAAAAAGAAAGAUAAGAGAUGUUAUGUUCCUGUGAUACCAGAGUGUGGGGAGGGG